AUGGUCGUCACUCCCAUGCUGCAGCCCCAUCUUCAGAAGUACCUCCCCAAGCGUCUUUACGCACGUAUCGACCUGGCAAUCUAUGGCUGGGAGUUUCGACGGAAGGAUGAGGUGCAUGGGAGAUUAGGGAAGACGUUUGCGUUGGUUACUCUGGACGAAUGUACCCUGGUAGCGGAUCCAGCACUUGCGUCGGCUAUACUGCAGCGGAGAAAGGACUUUCAUCAGCCGGCGGUUGUGGAAAAGGUCAUGGGGAUUUUCGGUUCGAAUAUUGUCACUGUGAGUCUCGUGGCUUUUCCUCGCGACUUUAUCCUAGGUGCCGAUGCUAAACGGAAAUGGAAAUUAGUCCAACGGUGCGACAUGGCAACGCCAGCGCAGAAUGAUCGUACCGAAUUUCAACGAAAAUAUCUCGCAAACGGUGUGGAAAGAGACCUGUCGGCAAGCGCAGGAAAUGCAAUCUUACAUGCUGCUACGUCCUGGAAACCAAACUCUGAGCGGGCUGCGACAGCCGACCCUCGCAGCUUUGCGCAAACCAUUGACGAGGGGAAAAAUGCUUACUUCGAGACGAUCUUGCUGGUCGCGGAGAUGCUUCUGGAGGCUGCUUUGAUUCCCGCUGCAGUUUUGAAACUGUGGUUUAUGCCGGCGCGGUUGCAGUUAUUGGGCCGUCGAAAGGAGAAGAUGCCCGCGUAUACCAGGGCCGUGUUGGACAUGGAGAGACGCGCGGCUGGCGAGGAGCCCACAUCGCACAGGAGCUUCCUCAAGAUGCUUGUGGGAUGCGCCGAAGAGGCAAAAGGCGCCAGUGCGUCCGAUCUCUUUCUCACGGAUGAUGAAAUCAGCGGAAAUCUGUUCAUCUUCAGCGUUGCAGGCUUCGAGACAACCGCCAACACCAUGGGCUAUGCGGUUAUGCUCUUGGCGGUCUACCCCAAGUGGCAGACGUGGAUGCGCGAGGACAUCCAGCAUCUUCCGCUGGAUCCAUCGGUCUGGAAGUAUGACGAGGUGUUUCCAAAAUCCACUCGCAUUUUGGCGGUGAUGUUCGAAACCCUCCGUCUAUUUACCGCGGUAAUGCACGCAACACGGUCCGUCGCUGAGCCCCAGCAGGUGGCCGGGGCAGCAUCAACCUCCCCGCACCUGCUCCUCCCCCCAAUGGACAUAUUCAUCUCGAUGCAGAUCAUCCACGCCGACCGGGAUCUAUGGGGCCCUGAUUGCGCGGAUUUCAAGCCAUCACGGUGGAUUGACGGUACCGGCCAGCUAGUCACCCCGCCAAAGGGCACGUUCAUGCCGUGGUCGGGAGGCCCUAGGGUCUGUCCGGGGAUGAAGAUGGCUCAGGUGGAGUUUGUUGCAGCUCUCGCGGUUCUCUUUCGGUCCGUAAGGUGUGACCCCGUCCCCCUUGGAGGAGAAGAUCUGGACGCUGCAAGAAGGAGGCUGCGCGGAUUAAUGAGGGACCCUGUUGCUCAGGUCUCGCUGCAGAUUCGGGAUCCGAACGCAGUGGUACUGCGGUGGAGUGAGAUUGGGAGGGGAAGUGGAGAGGGCCGACCAGAUGCUCAAGGGUAG